UAAAUAUCAUUGAUAAAUCCUGUAAUGUUAGGAUAAAAUUCUCUAAAAGAUAAAUCUUUUUAUUUUACAUUUUUAAUCUUAUAUUAUCAUAAUGUCAAAAAGUCUUAGGAAAGCUGGUGGAUUAGUUAUCUAUAGGAAGGUUUUCAAUGAAAUUCAAUACUUACUAUUACAGGCAUCUUAUGAAAAUCACCAUUGGACUCCUCCUAAGGGUCAUUUAGAAGAAAAUGAGUCUGAUAUGGAUGCUGCAGUACGUGAAACUGAAGAAGAAGCUGGUUUAAAGUUACAAGAUUUGUGUGUUGAUCAUCACUUUAAGAAAACAUUAAAAUAUGAACCGGCAAACAAAAAUUUUAUCAAGCAAGUUGUUUACUUUUUAGCAUAUUUGACUAAUCCAGAAACUCCUGUAAAAUUAUCUAAUGAACAUCAAAGUUAUAAAUGGUUAUCUCUUCAAAACGCAAAAGAACACGCUCAGUAUCCUGAAAUGCAAGAAUUACUUGAUGAAUGUGAUAAGCAUUUGAAGUUGUAAAAUUUUUUUUAUCUCAUUGUAAUUAAAGUUUAAUUUUUUAAGUGUUUA